AUGAUCAACGGCACAAAGCUGCUCACAUUGGCUGGUAUGACAGCAGCACGCAAAGGCGCUUUGCUGAAGAGUGAGAAAACUAAGCACGUGGUUAAGCUCGGGCCAACACAUUUUAAAGGCGUCUGGAUUCCGUUCGAGCGUGCCUUGGAAUUGGCGAACGCGGAAAAGGUCGUUGACUUGCUAUAUCCCUUGUUCGUGGAUGACAUCGGGUCACUCGUAUAUCAGACUUUGGAUCAGAAGCUCACGCCUUGUAUCGACUCUCAACCCCAAUUCGAAGACGUGAAGGAAACGACUGGGAGUAGCAAAGCUAUAUCAGCUCACUCUUCUGUGAAGAAAGAGGAGGACGAGGAUUCACAACCGCUCGCCCUGGACACUGUGCAACAUGUCGAACUACAGGAGCUAGGAAUUCUUGGGUCACUAUUCAGAUCUCUCACAGAAACGCUGGGGCUCAUCAUGAAGGAGUUCAGGAGCCAACAUAGUGACGCUAGGCAUUACUUUUCUCUAGAGUCAACCUGCGCAACUUUGUUAUUCUGGGGUACCGAUCUUGGACUCCAGCGGGGCGAGCUCGACGAUGUGCUUCAAAACUCUCCCCAGUUGCGCGACACAUGCCUGGCCGUUCUUGUAUCCAUCUCCCGAUUUGUGAGCACUUCUUUGAUACACCUUGUGAUCAGCGAGCAUCAUCGUAAAGAGAUCUUACAGUCUACCGACUUUGCAACUGUUCUGGAACAAGUCACGGACAUGAUUGGUCGACAACAUGAUUAUGCUUAUCAGCCCGAACAAGACGCGGACACAGUGUGUCAGACCCUCCGUACAAAAAUUGAUACACUGGUCAUGUUAGCACCCAGCCUAGAAUCACCGGCUGAAGAAAUCUUCGACGAAGAGAAGCCUCGUACUAUCCAAGAUAUUGGAGAGACCCUGCCGGAACAGGCCUACGCUAGCAGUGUUGCAGAAAAGUUCCCUUUCGCUCCACCAGAAAUAGUGGCCCAACUUGGGAGGUUGAACUGGGACCGAUAUAAUCACGUUCUUCGUCUGCAACGGGAAGCAAUGAAGCAGGAGCUUCAAGAGAGCACUGUCGAAAAAGCGAAAACCAUCUUCCACGACUCUGGUCUGGGUACAUCGGUACCCGCACAAACAGAUGCGGGAGUAAAAGCAGAACCUAUCUACGAGCCAUCGAUGAUGUCGAGUAGGGCUGAGGCCAGUCACAAGCGUGUGCCACCAUUGCCAGCUCAAGCGCGGGGUGGCGAGUCUUUCACGUGCGAGAUCUGCGAGAACCAGGUGCGGUUCCAAAGAACCAAAGCAUGGAAGAAGCAUGUCUUUGAAGACAUCCUAGCCUACGCCUGCUUCUUCGCCGAAUGCCACACCACUCGCGUCUUCUUCGAGAACGGCGAUGGGCUGAUGAACCAUCUACAAGAUCAGCAUGGCAUGGACGUUCGACUCUCAGAUGUUACAUGCCCCUUGUGUGUUGAGUUUGCUUCCGGAGACCGCGAUGUUUUAUCGCUCCAUAUUGCGCGUCAUAUGGAAGAAAUAGCCCUUGCUAUACUACCUUCCGGUGUUGAUUCUGAUGAUGAGUCAACAGACGGAUCAAGUGACCGCAGCAUUGCACGGUCUGACGAAGACGACGUGUCUUCUUCGAAAGCAGAAGGCAGCAACAAUGGAUCAUCUUCAAGUCCAUCGGAACCUGGAGGGAUGAAAAACAUCAAGGCUUCGUUCCAUAGGCAUGGGCGACGUUACCAAAAGCCGUCUUCGGAUCCAUCAGAUAUCGAAAUCACCAUGGAAGAUCUCGAACCUGGAGGGAUGAAAGACAUUAAGCAGUCGUUCCACAGGCAUGGGCGACGUUACCAAAAGGAGACUAGUACACAGUGGGCGACAUUCGAAUACUCUCGCAAUGGCGUUGCGACAAAAUAUACCAUCCGGCGUGACAUCGAGGCAGUUGACGUUGAGCGUUUACCUCAUGGAUUCAAGAUUGAUAACUGCAUCUUCCCACGUGCACUGGUUCCUAAGGACCAGUACAAGGGCAAUCGUCGGGAUUAUGAGAAGAGUUGCAACGUUAUUGGCUGGGCGCUAGCCGAACUCAAUCCAUCCCUUCAAGGUCGUCGAGGUGUGCUGCAAAAAGCAGUGGAGAGUGUGUUUGCCCCAUCCAAACCGAGCGAAGCGCAUACUGCUAGUAUUCAAGAGCAAGAAACAGCACCUGUAUCGUCCGUCGAGAGCUCAAAGGAGGAACUACCUUGUGACGCGUGCAAAAGGACGAAGGGUCGCUGCAAGACACACGAAGGCGAUCACACCGAAGAGGGCAAUAUCAGCCUUCGUGAGCUAAAGUACGAGCCUUCGGCACCGGAAGCAGCGCUAAGUGGAACACACAAGCAGGACUGUACCUUAAUUUCCGAAGAACCUGGACCACUGCCGCAGGACAUUGCGAACCACAACACCAAAGCUGAGCCACUUGAGAAUCUCAAACUGCACGAGAUUUCCGAUAGGCUAAAUUCCAAUUGGAAUCCUCGGCGAGGCUGUCCGGGUGAUGGAUGGACCUGCAAGCCUGCUGACCUGGAGAAAAGCACAAGAUGGCUUUCUUCCGAGCUGUUUAUUGAACACUAUACUGGAUAUCACAUGGAUGAACACAUACGCGAAGAUCUUGCUGCUGGUAGUGUAGCAUGUCGUCUGUGCAAUCUGGCUGACUAUCCGGGGGAUGGCCAUGAGCUCGCCAAGCAUAUUUUUCAAUCACAUCUACCCCGUGAUGAAGCUUCGUCGAACAUUCCUUCGCCGAACAUCUCCUCCCCCUUUUGGCAAAAAGGCUGA